AGAUGAAAAAAAUAAUUCUGAAAAUGUUCAUAUAUAAAUACACACACACACACAAAGUUUAAGAAAACAAAAGGCAAAGCGAGAGAAAGAGGGAGAUGGACAGGCUAGUGAGCGUGGACCUGAAGGAGCUAGAGAUAGAGUACCGUCCAUCUCGCCGGUGCCGUUCCUCCACCUUCAUCAUCACCAACCUCAUGCACACCAUGUCCGUCGCCAUACACCUCACCACUACCCCUCCUACUUCUCAUCUCUUCUCCAUCCUCCCUUCCAACUCACCUCUCUCUCUCUCCAUCCUCCCCCCUCUCUCCUUCGCUUCCUUCUCCCUUUCCCUUUCCUCUUCUUCCUCAUCUCCUCCUCCAAUCUCCGCCUCUCUCCUCGUCCGCUCCACCCUUCUCCCCACCGGCACCGCCUCCUCCGCCGCCCUUCUCCGCCUCUUCUCCCUCCCCGGCCCUCACCUCUUCCGCGACGCCUCCCUUCCCAUAUACCUCACCGGUCCCCACGUCCUCCAUUCCCUCCUCCACUCUCCUUCUUCCGAAACCCUCGACAUCUCCUCCCUCAUCUCCAAGGCCGCCUCCUCUUGCUCCUCUUCAGACCUCUCCUCCCUCCUCCUCCUCGCCGCCGCCGGAUCCCGCCUUCACAUCCUCUCCGCCCUCAUCUCCGCCGGUGCCGACGUCAACUUCCUUCCCUCCGAUGGCAAGCCCCCGAUCACCCUUGCCGUCCUCUCCGGCUGCCCUGAUUCCGUCUCCACCCUCCUCUCCGCCGGAGCGAAACCAAAUCCUGACCUAAUCCACGCCGCCGCCGCAUCCGGCUUCGCUCAGAUCGUCGCCAUUCUCGCCUCUACGAGAUCUGAUGGUAAUCCCGUUGACUCCACCGGCCGGAGCCCUCUCCACGCCGCGGCGGCGGGAGGCCAUCUGGAAGCCGCUAGGGUUUGUGUCUCCGUCCUCGGAUCGGAUCCGGAUCUCGCCGAUUCCGCCGGGUGGACUCCGCUCCACUGCGCCGCCUUCGCCGGCGGCCCCGCCGAGCUCGUCGAGUACCUCAUCGGCGUCUCUGGCUUCGACGCCCGCCGUGCGCUGACGAGGAUCGGCCGGAAAACCGCUUUCGAGCUCGCCGUGGAACGCGGGCACGAAGAGCUUUAUGAGGCUUUGCGGCCCGACGAGGUCGGGGUUAUGCGUGGCACGUGCAAGGGUGACGUCAGCGAGUUACGAUCCCGAGGCAGAGAUGGAGUUGAUCGGAGGGACCAAAAUGGGUGGACGGCGCUGCAUAGAGCGGCGUUUAAGGGGAGGACGGAGGUUGUGACGGCGUUAGUGGAGAUGGGGGCGAGUGUUGACGCCGUUGAUGACGGCGGGUUCACGCCGUUACACAGGGCGGUUGAGGCGGGGCACGGUGACGUGGCGGUGUGGCUCGUGCGGAACGGGGCAGCACGUGCGGGGAUCAAGGGGUUGAAGGGGAUGGAGAAGUGGCGGGGGAUGUUGCUGGAUGAUGCCACGUGUACGGCCGGAUGUGCUGGUGAUCGUGAUGAUGACGUGGAUAAAAAGAAAAUUGGAAACUCUUUUUAUUUAGAAAACCAUCAAACAAGAAGAGGGAUUGAAGCUUGAACUGAGAAUAACCCUUGAUUUUUUAUAUUUUUUUUUAUAUUUAUUUUUUUUUUAGGAGAUGAGAUGUAUAUAUCGCUGUAGUAGUUUUGUUUACUGUCAAUAUAAA